AUGUCUCUGGAGCACGAGUGUUCAAAAGUGGAAGCAAUGGACCCAAAUUGUGUCCCCAAAGACACUUGUACCACCGAGGAGCAGGAUAUAGAAAAGCAGCUUGCUAACGGGACUUCUACUCUAUCAACAGUACAUUAUAAAACAAGAUUUUCAGAAACUGGGAAAAGGGACUCUAAGCAGAGUGAACACUCCUCUCGGCGGGAAGGCUGCCAGAUUUGGAAAAUGCACAUGGUUAAAGGUUCGGAUGGACUUGGCAUUCAGAUCACAGGAGGCCGAGGAUCCAAACGUUCUCCCCAUGGCAUCAUUAUUACAUCUGUCGAAGAAGGAGGAGCAGCACAAAGGGAUGGAAGACUGAAAUCUGGUGAUGAGCUGCUGAUGAUUAAUGGACAGUCACUGGUUGGACUCUCGCACCAAGAGGCAGUUGCCCUACUUCGGUCAGCAGCAGGACUUGUACAGCUUGUUGUUGCAAGCAGGGAUGAAUCUGAAAUCCAUUUCCAGAAGUACCCCUCCACAAGUUUACCUGAUUUGGUCACAAAUUUUGCAGUGGCUGAUAAUUCCCCUUCUCCUACGGAAAAUAAAGAAAAUGUAAAACCAGAAAGUGGCGACGCCUCACCCGACUGUCAUGUGCACCAUGGUCAAGAAACUGUUUCAGAAACUGCAAAAGGAGAGGAACAUGAGCAUAUAGAAGCACCUCUGCCAUGUUGUCGAAGUCCAAUACCAGGAGGUAGCAUAAUGAAAUUCAGAAGUCGAUCACAAGGUGGAGGGAGCCGCUUGGAAUCUGUUGGAGAAGAUGAUGAGCUGAUUGUGGAAAAUGGUGAAACGAGUAGUGAAAUGUCAGAAAAGCCACCACGUGGAGGACGGAAACAUUCACUUCCCCAGCAGCUUGAUGCAGCCGGAACCAGACAGGAGUAUCAAAUAGUAAAAAAGUCAGCACGUUCCUUGAGUACAGUUCAAGUGGAAUCACCAUGGCGACUAGCCCAACCUUCAAUCAUCUCCAACAUUGUUCUAAUGAAAGGACAAGGAAAGGGUCUUGGUUUUAGCAUAGUUGGCGGCCAGGAUUCUGCCCGAGGACGGAUGGGAAUAUUUGUUAAAACCAUUUUUCCAAAUGGAGCAGCUGCUGCUGAUGGAAGAUUGAAGGAAGGAGAUGAAAUUCUAGAAGUUAAUGGGGAAUCUCUGCAGGGACUAACCCACCAGCAAGCCAUACAGACCUUUAAGCAACUGAGAAAAGGAGUUGUGACCCUAACUGUUCGUACCAGGUUGCGUAGCCCUAGCCUUACUCCAUGUCCCACUCCCACACUAAUGAGCCGGUCCAGCUCUCCCAAUUCGAAUACCAGUGGUGGAACUCCACUACCAGGCUCAGAAGAGGGGGAUUAUUCUCGCAAGGGGCCAGGACCAAAGGAUCGAAUCAUAAUGGAGGUGACGUUGAAGAAAGAGCCUGGAGUUGGGUUGGGGAUUGGAGCCUGUUGCCUUACAUUAGAGAAUAGUACACCAGGAAUCUACAUCCACAGUCUCGCCCCAGGAUCAGUUGCUAAACUGGAUAGCAGAUUGAGCCGAGGUGAUCAGAUUUUAGAGGUGGAUUCAGUGAGUCUGCGACAUGCUGCUCUCAGUGAAGCAUAUGCGAUCCUAAGUGAGUGUGGUCCAGGUCCUAUCAGCCUUAUUAUUAGCCGUCAUCCAAACCCAAAGGUUUCAGAACAGGAAAUGGAUGAAGUUAUUUCACGUUCAACUCAUCGGGAGAGCAUAAGCAAAGAUGGACAAUCGUCACACACCCCAGGGUUAUCAUCAAAGAGUCCAUCACCAAGUGUAAGAUCCAAGCAGGCUGAUGGAUCUUCUCUCAGUUGGACAAUGAAACGUUUUCUGGAACCCACAAGCCGUCAGGGUUCCCUGAGUUCAGAAACAGAACUUUCCCAAUACUUUUCCCAUGAUACACCUGGACAGUCUUCGUUCUCGGAAGCGAUGGCAACAGUUUUUGAUGAAGAACUACUGAGGCAAAAAAGCAUAAACAACUCCUUGGAUGAUGGUAUUGGCCCUUCAGUGCUGAAAGAAAUUGCCGUAUCUAACUCAGCUGAGGCCUCUGCCACUCUCAGCAGUGGGAAGGCUGCUGCACCUCACAGCAAACACGUGGAAGUUGCUCAUCAGUCCAGCCUGACUGGGAGUCCCAAAUCAAUCCGCAGCCCUCUUCUGCGACAAAGGAGGGUCAUUUGCUAUGAUGACAUCAGUGACGAGGAGGACUUUGUAAAAGCUGAGGAAAAUGUUCACCUGAAACAGUCACAAAGGGACACAGCACAGAAGAUACCCAAAGAAGAUUCAGAUAUCAUCAUAGCCACUUCUUCUGUUGAGGUUGAUGAUGAAAGCCAAGAUGGUGAAUUACAGAGGAACAUCAGCAGUGAAGGUGCCAGGUCAAUCUAUGGCAGCUCACUGGAGUCCGAGGACAGCUCAAUGGAGCAGAUGGUCGACUCGCCCUUCAUGCCGCUUAAGUUCUUUGAAUCUUCCAGCUCCACUGACACUAACCACAGCAACCUUGGUGUGAAAGAGGGUCAGCUGGAGCCCAAGCGUUCACCCAAACUUGAACACAAAGCUGUCACCAGAGUAAAGAGCAUGAUGAGCAUUGAGUGCCCACCCAAUCUCCCACGGCAGAAGACUGAGGAGCAUCAUUCACACUCCAGCAAGCCUGUUGCAAGACCACUGCCCCACAGCAAAAGGACUGAAUCUGCAGAUGCCUCAGGACUUUACCAAACAGAAACCAUACAUCUCUUGCGCAAAGAGUCAGAAUCAUUCGGAUUGGAUUUGGAAAUUAAAGCUUCUCCGCUGAGGAUUCUGAUAACCAGUUUACAACCAGGUGGAGUUGCUGAGAGAGAAUCUAAGGGGAAGCUAGGUCCUGGAGAUGAAGUUGUCUUGAUUAAUAGCAUGCCAGUCUGCAACAUGUCUUACCAAGAGACCUGCAGCUUUAUGAACGACCUCCCACCCUCCAUUACACUGGAAGUACGGAAACCAGUAUCUGCUGUAGACAGACUAUCCAGUAUCAUGUCAUCCACCUCAACAGAUCUGAGCUUGAUAGAGCCUGAGAACUCCGAAAAUGACAAGAAUUUAAAUAUCAAAGGAUGCUGUGAGGAAAAGACUGUGGACUUGCUGCAGAACAUAUGUACAAGCAUGAAAAGGCAAACCCAGGGAGAACUUGGUGGGGAUUCCGUGGAGAAGAAGCAGGAAACGGCACAGACUUCUCAGCAUAACAGGAACAAAUGUGAUAUCCCAGUAACAGACAUUGAUGACGUCGUUAAUGACCUCAAUUCUACUGAAGAAGGAAUCCCAGAUACAUGGUCUCUGAAUUCAAAAAUCGAGCAAGAUGUGAAAAUUGCAGGUUCAAUAAAAGUUAUCAACACCAGAAAUGAUGUCAGCAGUAAAUGUGAGUCCUUAAACAGCAUCAAACAGGAUAUUCUUGAUUAUUCUGUUCUGAAUUCAGUCAGCACGGGCAAAGUAUUUUCAGUGAACAAAACCUGCCUGAGUAACUACUCCAGAAACAUGAGUACUGAGAGGGAGGGGAAAUCAUUAAGUUCAACAGAUUUCACAGAAAAUAAUAAACAACAGUCCAUGUAUGCUGCUGCUGUGGAUUCUGAUUCAGAGACUGAAUCUUCUGAUAGCCCUCAAGUAUCUUGUAAUAAAGUGGCAAUGUCUUUGCCUGGUGUUGUUGCUUUCAGUCAGUGUGAAAACCUCAGUGUUGCUGAUUCUGAUACUGAAGAGGUUGAAAUCUGCUACCCGCCCAGUGAUCAAACUACCACAUCAGAGCAAUCUGUGCCUCUUCUGCCAAAAUUGAAUAAGAGUAAUUUGCCAGUGAAUAAGAUCGCAACAGAAACAAGUAAAGUGACAAUGCCAGUGGUCGGAAAAACACAUUCGUAUCUAUCCUCUACAUCCCAUAAAAGUGGAGAGACUUUAGCCUCUUCUUCACUGCCUUGUACUUUUGAUGAGAAUACAACAGAGAUUGCUGGACUGCUACCAUAUUCAGUCCCUGCUAGGCCUUCCAAACAGAUCAAAUUUGAAAGCAAUGCCCUCCGUACUACUAUGGAUGUAAGUGAUUCACAAAUGGAAAUUCAGGAAUUUGAUGCUUCUUCCAAACAAUAUCCUCCAACAAAUAUAAAUCAUGCUGCAGAAGGCACAGAUGUAACCAGGAAUCAUGAUCAAGAGUUGAACAAAAACCAUUCUACUGGAAAGGUUGCUAGAGAAUUUGUGGAAAAGGUAGUACACCACAAUGAUUCUGCCUCUUGUGCAUCUUCUUUGGAACUGGGAAGAACAGACCAUAAUUUUUCUUCUUCAUUAGAUGCCUUGAAUCAUACCAAGAAAGCAGAAAUUACCAAUACAAGUCUACAAUCUCAGCAUCCAGUGCUUAAGCCUAGGCUAUCUUCCACAAGUAAGUCCAACCAGGAUGCUGCUGAUACAGCUGUAUCUGUAACUCAUAUCAAAAAGGAAAGACAAGCUUUGUCAAAUUCUAGUCCCCAGCCACAAAGGCAUUCCGUUAAUCUGUCCAAACAAUCUUUAGCAACACAAAAUAUAAAAGAUAAGGGGCAGAGUGAAAGUGGACCAUCUCAACUGUACACCAGAACUAAGUUUCAGGACAAAACCCAGAAGUUCCACUCUGCACCAAAACUAAAAGGACUCAGCAUUAAAAGUAAAAUCAAACCUCAGUCGGAAACCUGUGAGGAGAAUGUAUCAAAGUCAGAUGGAUCCAAAAAUUCAGAGAAAACAGAAAAAUAUCCUGAAAACUCACCAGCUUUUGAUCAGCUAACAUCAAAACUCUUAACCAAAAGAGCAUCAUUAAUAUGUAACUUGAGAACAAAUAAACAAGGUGAGAAAAACCAAUCUGAAAUGAAGCAAGAGAAAGAAAUUAGUAAAGUUCCUGCAUAUUCUUCAGAAGAGAUUUCGAUGGACUUGCUACCAGACACCAGUCUCCAAACAAAGCAGCAAAAUAAAGAUGGAAACAAGUUAUCUGAUGUCACUAAAAUUGAUUUUAGCAAUGAAAGACAAAAACAAGAUUUAAAAGAAGAAUCUAAACACCAAAAAGAAAUUGAAUUACAAAUGACAUUGGAUCACAAACUAAAAGAUGAAGCUCCUAAUGAAAUGCACAAGGUUAUCAAGAAAAAUGCAUGGAUUACAAGUUCUCACAAAUCAUUGGGGGAGUCAGGAAAUUAUGAAAGUGAGGAGAACAUUACACAAGCAUCCAAUGAAAGAUCUACUGAAAUGUAUGUCACAUCUGUGACUGAAUUGAUACUUUGUGAGAAGGAAAGCUUAGUCAAUAAAACCUUGGGGAAAUUGUCACAAACAGCACAGAAAGUAGAAGAGAAAUCAGAAGACAGAAAGCCAGAGGAGCAAUUGACACCCACAGGACCUAAACCAUUGAAAGACUCUCCUGUACACUUUUCGUGCAAUAAAGUUGAAGACGAUCAAGAAUGCAUGGCAACACAACGUAGCUUUAUAGAAUUAAAACUAACAUCACCUUCUCUUGAGCAGAAAGAAGUUAAUAACACGGCUACUUCUUCAGAACACUUAGAUCACAAGUCACCUAAAUGCCCCUUAACACCAGAUAAUGCUCAGAAACCAAAGAAAGCCCCAAAGCCUCCUGUGAAGUUAGACCAGAAACCAGAUCAGCUAAGUAGUGAGGAUACAAAUGUUGUUAAAUGUCCAUCUGACCAUGCAAUCAAAGCUGCUCAAAAACAAACUCUAUUACUGGAAAGACAAGUAAAAUCAUUUGAGACUUUGCAAUUACACACUACUGUUAAAAGUUCAGAUAAUAUUCAACCAAAAGUCGAAGUAACUGGAAGCUUAAGGAAAUCUUUGAGUGAAGAGAAGCACUCCAGCACUGAUUUUUUCUUCUAUCUAAGGGACAAGGGCAAGUCAAGUAUGGGAAGUUUUACCAAUGAACUGAAUUAUCCACCAGAGAGUGGCUCUUUUUCUGUUAGACAGAGAAUUAAGUCUUUCGAAAGCCUAGCCAGCUUUGACAAACCUGUUAUCAGGAAAAUAGACACACAUUUAUUGGACUCAUCCUUUGUUAAUUGCAACGCAUGUUCCUCUGCUAAGCCAGCAAUAGGAAGGCGAAUAUCAGGUAGCGCAAUACCUUUAAUGACAUCCAAUGCUUCAUUGGGUCGAGAUUUCGAUACAUCUCGUGUAUUGAGACGUAGUUUGAGUUCUUACACUGAAGGCACCUCUGAAGUUGCCUUUACAUCAUUGCAAUUAGAAAAGGCUCCAUCGAGCUUAGCUUUACAAAGCUUUGAAACAAAUUGUUCUGAAAGCAUUACCAAGGAGCUUAAAAAGACCAAUGAGUGUGAUACCAGCAAUGAAAAGUUUCAAGAGCAGGAUUUCAAUGCAUGCAAGGUUAACAAUAGUAAAAGUAGGUCAUCAGUCAAACACCGACCAAAUUCUUUGUCUCGUUCCAAGCUACGGGAGCUUAGAGCACUAAGCAUGCCAGACCUUGACAAACUGUGCAGUGAUUAUUCUACUGAUCCAAUGACCCAUAGCUUUAAAACUGAAAUGGAGAUUAAGCCAAGAAAGUCUAAUGGUCCUGCUGCUGCUGAAAGCCUCACAAAUAUUUCCUCUGGAACCUCUUAUGCCACUAAUGGGUCUGGUUUAGUGAAAAUUUAUAGAUCUGGAAUUUUGAGUUUAAGGUCAAAGAGCAGCUGGAAAAACAGCACUGGAACACUGGAUUCUUGGUCUGAUGAUGAAUUGACGAACAGCGAGAAGUCUGAAAAUAAACGGAGAGGUUGGUCUGUCAGUCUUGAAGAUUUAUCCCAUUCCAUCCUGGAGAAACAAAAAGCACAGGCGGUUUUGUCCUCACUAAUGGCUAAAGCAGAUAUCACAAAAAUAAUCCAGGAAGCCAAGGCUGUAGCUGAGAAUAAAGGAGACAUUUAUAUCAUUGUGUUGGACAAAGAUGAAGGUGCUGGACUGGGUUUCAGUGUCGCAGGAGGUGUGGACCAGGAGCAAAAAUCAGUAACUAUUCACAAAGUAUUUUCGAGAGGAGUAGCAGCACAAGAAGGCACAAUUCAAAGGGGUGAUUACAUCUUAUCUAUCAAUGGGAUCUCCUUAAUAGACACUACACAUGGAGAUGCACUCAAUGUACUUCACCAAGCCCGCAUACAUAAACAGGCCAUCAUUGUAAUUAAAAAGGGAAGGGAAAAGGAAGAGACUUCAUUCAAGGCAGAUUCAUCAAUUUCUAAAGAAAACCACCUUCCAGCUCGAGGAGAUGCUACCUUAAAGGAAGCAGGAACAGGCAUGAAAUUGGACCUAGUUGGAGCAAUCACUGUGGAGCUGCUGAAAACCUCUGCUGGCCUUGGAUUUAGUCUUGAUGGUGGGAAGGCUUCAAUUCAUGGAGACAGACCACUCUAUAUUAAAAGAAUAUUUCAAGGGGGCAUUUCUGAGCAGUCUGGAAUGAUCGACGUUGGAGAUGAAUUGCUUGCAAUCAAUGGCAAGUUCCUGCAUGGCCUCAAGCACUACGAUGCUUGGAACAUCGUCAAGUCUGUCCCUGAAGGGCCUGUUCAGUUACUUAUCCGGAAAAUUAAAUCAGUUUAAGGACUAAAGUUUAAAAUAAGCAUUGGAUGACCAAUAAUAUCACUGGGCCAAAGUGAUGUGGUAACCUAAAUUGUAGGCAGUUUAUUUAAAUUCCAACAAUGUUACCUCUAACUCUUUUUCCUUGAAGGGAUGACGGUUAGAAAGAUAAUGAGAAGGAUUUUGGCAGAAUUGUGAAUGAGUCAAGCCUUUUCAUUAGAAUUAGAUCUGCUUUACAAGAAAUGGUUAAGGAAAAGAGCCUUCUCAUAAUCUUUCAUUGUAUUCCAUAGCAAACAGUGGUAUUUAAAUGAUCUUCAAAUAAUCCUAAAAUAAAUGAACUUAUUUUCAGUCAGCUCAGCACUGACGUGUGCACAAACAAUUAUUGCUCUUAUUGAGAGAUUCAUGCAUGAAUGAUAGGCACAGACAGUAAAGACUCCUUAAUUUACUCAGUUCCAUUGAGUAUAGAUACAGAAUGGCAAGAGUCCAAAACUUAGGGGCUUUUGAAUGUGUGCAGGUGUGCUAUUUAUGUUUAACUAGCUAAACUGGUCAGUUUAAACAGAGAGCACUGGGACUUAAAUUGUUUGCUCAUAUAAAGCCAGCCCAUUGACUGGAGUACUGAUAUGUAGCAUGACCUGAAUCAGAGAAAGCAGAAUUACAGCCUAUGUUGCAGGACUGAUUCCUGGUCCCAUUAAUGAAUCAGACUGGCUGGUAAGUUGAGCUAGCCAACAACAAGUUGUUUAGCUCACAUUAUUAGAGCACCAAGUCUGCCACAGAGAAUUGAAUGGUUCCAAUUUUAUGUCAUUAGGCACAUUAAUCUUCAGGCCCUUUAAGUCCAAAGAAAUUCUGCUUUAUUACAUCAAAGAACAAAUGUCACCAGUCAGUUACUAAAUAACAGAUAAACUUGAGGCUGUGCCUAAGCACCAGCUACCAGGAACUACUUGAGCAAUAUUCACCACUUUUUUUUGACCAGGGUUGCCAUACACCCUACCCCAAUGAACUGUGGAAGAACUUAAGUUUAAAGGAUACAAUUUUAACUACAUAAGCAUUUUUCCCCCUCAAUCAUUGUAGGCACUGAACCUUGUAUAAGUGAGCAUAUGCUGUGCUGCAGAUCCUGCGGGAAUGGUAACACAUUCCAGCAGCCUGCCUCAGGGUUUCUUCAUGAGCAUAUCACUACACAAAUAAAACAGCAUGCAAUGUCAGUGAUUACAUAGAGCAGUUCUACAGUAACUGCACCUUCCUUUUUGUCUAAAAAAAAAUUUGUUGUUUAGUGUUUCCAAAUUGUAAAUUCACUCCACUGAUUUCAUCUGUCAUUAUUGCCAAAAAAGAAAACCCGCCUGUGUGUCUCUAUGAAGACAUCAGCACCGGGGGCCCAAGUUGCUUGUCAAUCUGAUCUUUUUGCCUAGAUUUACUAUAUGUUUUGUUGUGCAAUUCUCUAAACUAGGACAGAGGGAAGAUUCCCCAAGGAUGCUUCAUUGUAAAGAUAAAGUUUUAGACCAGCAUUAUGCGAGGCAACCUCCUUUCCCCAAACACUAUUAUUUCAAUCUGACUCAUCAUAUGACAUCAAGAGGUGGGUCUGAAGGUACCAAUGGUCUGAACUAUGCAAGAGACAGCAGAGGAAGUAAACCCUGCAGGUAGAGAAAAUGGCAAAGUGAAUGAAGCUAAUGGAGAUCAACUCAAUGCUAUUGUCAUUUGAUGCAUAAGAUAUUGACAGAAAUGAAUUUAUGCCUCAUUAGAAAAGCAGUCAUUUGUUUUCAGUUAAGUACCAUGUAUAUAUUUUCAUAUCAUUGAGUCAGUUCUAUAACAAUUCACAGAUCUAAAAGAAAUCUAAAAAUCCAUCAACAUCAAAAGCCAAUAUUCCUUUAAAAUUUGUACCUGGUACUGUGUCAUAAGAUUGGUUCCCUACAAAUUGCAGAAGUGCCAGAUGCUUUGUUGUUGCAAGCGUUUUGCCAAGUGAACUAUUAAUUCACAGUACACAUCAUACAAAGAUUUUUUAAUUAUAUAUUCCUUCAACCAAUGUGGGCAGAGCUGGCAAGGAACCUUUGAAUAGUCAUUUCUUGCUACUUGAGAAGGUGUUAAAGUGGUGCAGUCCUAAUACUAAUGGAUUUUCCCACAAUAACCUCAUGUUGUAUACAGCAAUAAAAGAACAGCAAUACCCAUUGCAGUGAAGUAAUAUCCCAAGGAACAAUUAGAUUAAAUAAAAAGUUAAAGUAACAUAGUGAUAUUAGGACCAGUGGCCAAAGGUUUGGUCAGAGGACUGGGUUUUUAUAGUCUCUUUGUAGAGGAAGGUGGUGGAAAGUUUAAGGGAGGGAAUUCCUAGAGUUUAGUGAACAAGUCAUAAAAAACAUUAUACAAGUCACAAAGAUAACCAUGUAGAAAUUCUCCAGUGUUUUAUAAAUAGCUUAAGAAGUCAAUAGCUUUAUCAGGAAGUUACUACGUUAAAUGUGGUUUAAAUGGCUGUACUACAACUCAUUCCAUCUAAAAACAAAACACUGAACAGACUGCUCCCACCAAAGAAUCAAGAAACUAGAUAUAGCAAACAGUGACAAGUAAUAUCGUGAGAUGUGGUUAUUGUUAUAAAAGAUUUGUUGGAAACUCUUUCAAAAUUAGGUACCUUAUAAACUAAAUUGUCCUAAAAUAAAACAGUGGGCAUUUGACCAACUGAUUUUUUUUUAAAAAGUGUAGAAUUUUGAAUUUUCUAUCUGGUUUUGCAUACAAACUCAUUAACAUAGAUGUUUGGAAUGUUGCUCGAGGUCAUUCAGGUUUCUGAGUAUUUUGCUUGCUUGCAAACAUUCUGCUUAUUUGAAAAGUCCCUUUUUGCAGUGUGCUGGUUUAAACAUUCUGAUUUUACAGGCAAGACAUUAAUCAAAGUUCACUUCUAUACCCAAAAUGUUUAAGGAUUUUUUAAAAUCACAUUUGUAGUGUUUGUGGGAGAGAAGUUUUAUGGAAAACACUAUGAUUACAAUUUUUUUUCAUUUUUGUCAAUCCUUUAUACACAAUUCCCACCUCAACUUACAAAAUUAGAGUUUGUCUGGAAAUCCUAUGAGUGCAAUACAAGGGUAAUCAAUAUGUCAUUUGUUUACAUUUGGCAAUCCUGCUAUAGACAGACUUGUACACCAAAUUUUACAUUAAGUGACAAGUAAAAUCAAUUUAUCAUCUUCAUUGAUUUAUGUUCAAAUGACACAUCUUUUUGCUCAAUGUUGUAAAUCCAAUUUUGUAUCUUGUUUUGAAAAGAUAAUUUGUAAUGAAGAUUUCAGAGUUGCAAAUGAAUUAAGUACUGUUCUGUAAAAUCAGCACCUUCACUGAUUGUGACAUGAAAAUUAAAUUGUACACUUCUCAUAGAUUUCUCUUUAAAUCUGCAAAAGGACCGAGUUAUCAUUAAAUAAGUCAUUUAAAAAGGUAACCUGAAAUUUAGAAUUUUAGACCAACCUGCUUAUAAUUUGAAAUUAAAUAUUAGUGUGACAAACUGUAAAAUACUGUUGUAUAAAUUUUUUUGUGUAAGAAUAUGACUGUUUUGUCAAUAGUUAUCUUACAUGCCUUCAAGAAAUAUAGGGGGAAAAGGGUGCAAUACUACAAGAUGGACUGUAUAUUUUUUAAAGUGGCUUUGCACUCAUUAUUUAAAGCCAGGAAAUCU